AUGCGCCCGGGCCAAUACAAAGGCGAGAUUAGGCCUGUACACGGACCUUCUUGGCUGGCCAGGGGCAGUGACACAGAGAGUCAUUUGGAUCAGAUUGUCGACUUCAUAACGACUCACCCCAUGGAGUUUGUAGUGCUGACUAUGGAAUCUACCUCCGCUGCUCAACUGACCCACCCGCUAAAGGAGAAGCUGUGCCAAAUGCUGUUGGCAAAGUUUAAGCACUAUAUGGUCACACUCCAAGACGAACUCUGCCUGGCAACCGUAACCAUGGGCCAACUCUGGGAGUUGGAUAAGCGGAUUGUCGUCAUUGUGGAGAGCGCACUACUACCAGAUAUUCCCGAUGCCAAGAAUGUGUACGACAAGCAGGGCCUGUACAACUGGAGUGUGGUGUAG